AUGGACCACCCAGUUGCGCGGUCCCUCAUCGGCUCAAGUUAUACUAACCUCAAUAAUGGCUCCAUUGUGAUUCCAUCUGACGCGUGCUUCUGCAUGAAAUGGCUUAAGUCCAAGGGUUCACCUGUAGCGCUGAAGGUACGCUUCAGCACUAGCAAACGGGCGGCCUUCGCUUUGUCGGUCAUAAUCCUCAUCUACUAUGCAUACGCGACCUGGAGAACCACCUGCGGCUGGGAGGAGGUAUAUGUGUGCUGCGUCGAGUUGACCAAGGUCGUGAUCGAGUUCUUCCACGAGUUUGACGAGCCCGGCAUGCUGUACCUUGCGAACGGCAACCGAGUGCUGUGGCUGCGGUACGGCGAGUGGUUGCUGACCUGCCCCGUCAUUCUCAUCCACUUGUCCAAUUUGACUGGCCUCAAGGACGACUACAACAAGCGGACCAUGCGGUUGCUUGUCUCCGAUGUCGGCACCAUCGUGUGGGGUGCUACUGCGGCCAUGUCCACUGGCUACAUAAAAGUGAUUUUCUUCCUCCUCGGUUGCAUGUACGGCGCAAACACAUUCUUCCACGCCGCCAAGGUGUAUAUUGAGUCGUACCACACCGUCCCCAAGGGUCUGUGUCGUCAGCUGGUCCGCGCCAUGGCCUGGCUGUUCUUCGUGUCAUGGGGGAUGUUUCCCGUACUGUUCCUGUUGGGGCCCGAGGGCUUCGGACAUCUGAGCGUCUACGGGUCAACAAUCGGUCACACCAUUAUCGACCUUCUCUCCAAGAACUGCUGGGGUCUGCUGGGCCACUUCCUCCGCCUGAAGAUUCACGAGCACAUUCUGCUGUAUGGCGAUAUCCGCAAGGUUCAGAAGAUCAGGGUGGCCGGUGAGGAGCUGGAGGUGGAGACCCUCAUGACGGAGGAGGCCCCCGACACCGUCAAGAAGUCCACUGCGCAGUACGCCAACAGGGAGUCCUUCUUGACCAUGCGUGAUAAGCUCAAGGAGAAGGGUUUCGAAGUGCGUGCUUCGCUGGAUAACAGCGGCAUAGACGCCGUUAUCAACCACAACAACAACUACAAUAACGCCCUAGCAAACGCCGCAGCAGCAGUCGGCAAGCCGGGCAUGGAGCUCUCUAAGCUCGACCACGUCGCCGCCAACGCCGCCGGCAUGGGCGGCAUCGCGGACCAUGUUGCCACCACCUCGGGCGCCAUCUCCCCCGGCCGCGUCAUCCUAGCCGUACCUGAUAUUUCCAUGGUGGACUAUUUCAGGGAGCAGUUUGCGCAGCUGCCGGUGCAGUACGAAGUCGUACCCGCGCUCGGCGCCGACAAUGCCGUACAGCUUGUUGUACAGGCUGCUGGGCUGGGCGGCUGCGACUUUGUACUCCUACAUCCGGAGUUUCUCCGUGACAAGUCUUCCACCAGCUUGCCUGCUCGGCUGCGGUCCAUAGGGCAGCGUGUGGCAGCAUUCGGCUGGUCCCCCGUUGGCCCUGUGCGUGAUCUCAUUGAAUCCGCUGGCCUGGAUGGCUGGCUGGAGGGGCCCAGUUUUGGAUUGGGCAUUAGCCUGCCCAACCUUGCAAGCCUGGUCCUGCGGAUGCAGCAUGCGCGCAAGAUGGCGGCGAUGUUGGGCGGCAUGGGUGGCAUGCUCGGCAGCAACUUGAUGUCUGGCAGUGGUGGCGUUGGGCUGAUGGGCGCGGGCUCCCCGGGAGGCGGCGGCGGCGCGAUGGGCGUGGGGAUGACGGGCAUGGGCAUGUUGGGCAGCAACCCGCUGUACAACACCGCGCCAUCGCCGCUGAGCUCCCAGCCCGGAGGCGACGCUUCCGCCGCCGCCGCCGCUGCCGCCGCCGCGGCGGCUACCGGAGCAGCCAGCAACAGCAUGAACGCCAUGCAGGCCGGCGGCUCCGUGCGCAACUCUGGCAUCCUGGCGGGCGGUUUGGGAAGCAUGAUGGGGCCCCCGGGGGCGCCUGCUGCGCCGACAGCGGCAGCGACGGCGGCGCCCGCCGUGACCAUGGGGGCACCUGGCGGCGGCGGCGCCGCCGCUUCUGAGGCUGAGAUGCUUCAGCAACUGAUGGCGGAGAUUAACCGCUUGAAGAGCGAGUUGGGCGAGUGA